CAUCACUCACCCGUCUCGGUGUUGACUCCCUCCGCGUUCCCUUGACGAGCCCCAGCCGCAGUUGCUCAUUCAACUCUCAUCACCCUCGUCAUCGUCCAGUAAGAUGACUUCGGAAAGCACUACCAUCGAUCCCACCUCGGUCCUUGCACCUGAGUUCACCGAAGCGCGGCGUACGGAACUGAUUGAGAAGAUCGGUUUGAUUAUACCCUUCGUCGACACUGCAACCUGGUCGCUGUUAUGGCUGGCGGACAUAGAGCGACUCGAAUACUUGGCCAAUCUUCAGAAAGGCUUCCUCACAAAGGUACUAGAGUCUCCCAACUAUGGAGCCUUGUUAAAGUGGGCAAGCCGUAUGCGCGCAAUAGAGGAUCCCGAAAAAACUACUCCUCCCACAAAAAAGAGAAAGCGCCGCUCUGAAUCAGUCAAAGAGAUGUGCCUUGAACGCGACCAGUGUUGCAUACUGACGAAGAAAGACGAGCCACUAGAGAUCGCCCACAUAUACCCAUUCAGUAUGGCGGGUAGACCUCGGACAGAACAACAAGCUUUCUGGGAUGGUCUGACCACCUGGUGGACAGAAGAAGAGGUAGCGGAAUGGGAAAAGGAACUGACAGGUCCAGAAGGCACUGAAGUCAUUCAGAAUGAACUAUGUCUAUCUUGUGAUUCACAUGCCCUAUGGGGGAAGGCGCGAUUCGUCUUGCAGCCUCUUGAACUAUCAGAUGAUCGCAAAGUCCUAAAAGCCAGAUUUUUCUGGCUUCCAAUCUUCAAAUACUCUAACAGUAUUGAUGUUACGACGAGACCUUCUCUGCCAUCCAACUUAAGUUUUGUUGGAAAGCGAAUCAAGCUGUUCAAUUGUAAGACAGCGGCACAAAUUCAUUCGGGAGACAUUAUCACGAUGGAGACGAUUAAUGCCGACACGCAUCCCUUGCCAUCCAUCAAAUUAUUGAACAUGCAGUUUGCUCUAACUCGUGCUUUGGGCAUGAGUGGGGCCGCCGAUGUUGAUCCGGACCAGUGGGAUAAUAACGACUCCGACGACUCCGAUGAGGAGGAGGAGGAGGAGCUAAAGGAGGAGCUGGUGGAGGAGCUGGUGGCUCAGCCACGAGGUCGAGCACCCAACCUUCAGGAAAACCAACACCCCUCAAGGGCCGCGAGUCGCAUGUCCAGCAAAGCAACCCCAGGCUCGCGUGAUACAUCUCGUAGCUUCAGCCGAUCAGUUCGGCGUCGGUACUAGUUAGCAAAAAUUGAAUUCCAUUGUCGCGCAUAGCGGGCGAUUCGUUUCUGUUGCAUCAUUUUCU